ACGCAUUCAGGAAAUAGUGAUUUCCGUAGCUUUUGUAGUCGUCUAUUUCAUGAUAAAUAUGGAAAUAAAAAUGUUAUGUGAUGGAUAUAAAUUGGUAACGGUAUUUUUCCAACACAGUGGACCAGAGUAUAAGAGUCACGGAUGAUAACAUAGCUACAGUAGCUAGCUAAGCUUCAAAUCGAGGGAAUCGAAGAGACGUGUGUUGACAAGUUUUGUAACAACAAAAGUUCGAUUUCCUUUCAACUGUCAAACUUUCCUUUUAAACGCACAUGCACCAUGCAGAUGAACGUAUUUUAUUUAAUCGAAAUGUCUCAUACAUGUAUUUUAGCUGAAUGAUCUAGUUUGUCAGAUCGAUAGAUGCAGUGAUGUUUUGUUGUUGUUUCUCUAAGUUCGCUAGCAACAAGCGUCACGUCACAAACUCUUGAGGGAUACGUUUUGGAAAAAGCUAAGCAGAAUUGCCGGAUUCAACUACUGUCAUCAUCGCAACUUGGACCAAAUAACGGCCGGCACUGCUGUCGAUUUCCUGUUGUCAUUUCUCAACGUAGCUAGCUAGUUUGGUGAACAGUUUUGGGUGGUGAAAAACAUCGAACCGUGCAAAAUGACGGCGGCAGCUUCAAACUGGGGUUUGAUCAUGAACGUGGUCAACAGCAUCGUUGGAGUGAGCGUGCUGACCAUGCCUUUCUGUUUCAAACAGUGUGGGAUAGUGCUAGGGACUCUGUUGCUGUUCUCCUGUUCGUGGAUGACCCACCAGUCAUGUAUGUUUCUGGUCUACACGGCCAGCAGCACCAAACGCAGGACCUAUGCUGGCCUAGCUUUCCAUGCCUACGGCAAACCAGGCAAAACACUGGUGGAGAUGAGUAUGAUAGGUCUGAUGUUGGGGACCUGUAUUGCCUUCUAUGUUGUCAUCGCUGACCUGGGCUCUAAUUUCUUUGCCCAGUUGUUGGGCCUACCGGUGUCAUUCGGUUUCCGUGUGCUGCUGCUGAUCGCGGUGUCUCUGAUCAUCGUGCUGCCUCUCAGUCUGCAGAGGAACAUGAUGUCAUCCAUCCAGUCCUUCUCUGCCAUGGCCCUCAUGUUCUACACUUUCUUCAUGUUCACGAUGGUGCUGUCCUCAUUCAAACGUGGGCUGCUCAGUGGCUUGUGGCUGGGGCAGGUCAGUAUGGUGCGCUGGGACGGCAUCUUUCGCUGCCUCCCUAUCUGUGGCAUGGCCUUCGCCUGUCAGUCGCAGGUGUUGCCUACCUACGACAGUCUGGACGAGCCCUCCAUCAAACACAUGAGCACCAUCUUCACCACCUCCCUCAACGUCGUCACCACCUUCUACAUCACGGUGGGAUUUUUUGGUUACGUCAGUUUCCCGGAGGACAUAGCCGGUAACGUUCUGAUGAACUUCCCUUCUAACCUGGUGACUAAGAUGAUCCGGGUGGGAUUCAUGAUGUCAGUGGCGGUGGGCUUCCCCAUGAUGAUACUGCCCUGUAGACAGGCCAUCAACACCAUGCUGUUCGAACAACAGCAGAAGGACGGGACGUUUGCUCCGGGGGGGUACAUGCCUCCACUGCGGUUUAAGAUGAUCACCCUUGCCAUCGUCUUCGGAACCAUGCUGGGAGGCAUCCUCAUCCCCAAUGUCGAGACCAUCCUUGGUCUGACUGGAGCCACCAUGGGCUCCCUCAUCUGCUUCAUCUGCCCCGCCCUCAUAUACAGAAAGAUCCAGAAGAAUGGACUCACCGCACAGUUGGUGUUGUGGGUGGGGUUAGGCAUCCUGCUGGUUAGCACCUUCACCACGCUGUCAAUCUCAGCCAGUGACUACACCCCCAAGCAUCCCCCUCCUCCCCCUGCAGCUGACAAGAGUGCCAUCUUUGCAGUCCUUCCUGACAUCGCUGAUUUACUGAAUGCAGUAGAGAAGCCGGUGGUAGUGAAACAGCCUGAGAUGAAGCCUGUGUUGGUGGAGAGGCCUAAGGCCCCUGCUGCAGUAGAGCCAGUCCAUCCAGUAGAGAGACAGCAGGAGCAGGCUGAGCCCCCCCAGAUCAAAGGACCUGAACAAGGAGUACCAGACAGGAAGGAGGAUGAGGAAGUGCAGCUGGACCGCCCCAACGCAGGUGUGGCGGUACCUGACGGGGAGGCCCAUCGGCACGAGCCGCCCAUCCCCCAAGACGAGGUCCAGAUAGAGAAGAGGAAGAAUGACGCAGAGCUGGAGGAGGAGGAGAACCAACCUGCAGCAGGAGGAGAAGAGUCUGAGGGUCAGGGAGCGGCGGACCAGGAAGAGGUGAAGAGUAAAGAGGGAGGAGAGAAGGAGGAGAAACUUCCCGUGGAAGUGGGAGGAGCCGAGGUGCAGUCCAAUGAGGUGCUGGAGAAGCCUGACCUGGGGGCGGGGAAGAAACAGGAAGUCCCACCCCUAAAGCAAGUGGAGAAGCUUGCCCCAGUGAAAGAGGUGCUUGCUGGGAAGGAUGUGGUGGCUGAGCAGGCGCUGGUUGAUGAUGCGGCCAAAGCCCCAGAGGCUGCUGGGAAACGUGAGCCGUCGGCCCCAGUUCCUGAAGCAGUGGUUCCCAUGGCAGCAGAGGGGGCUGCUGUUCCAGAAGUGAAGGCGGGAGGAGCGGAGGACAAGAUGGAUGUGAUAAAAAAGCUGGUUGCAGAGGGUCAGUUGGACCAUGCCGCUCUGCUGCAGGUUAUAAAGGAGCAGCAGGAGCAGCAGAAGAGGCUGUUGGACCAGCAGGAGAAACUACUGGCUGUCAUACAGGAACAGCACCAGGAGAUGCACCCCAAAAAGCCAGAUGGAGCUCCAGAGGCCGAUGCAGAGACGGGGGUCCAGGAGGAAGGGGGAGCAUCAAAGCCCAAAGACCCAGCUCAAGGUGGUCCUGCCCUGGCCUCAGACACCAAGGAUCCUGGGGAGCCUGCUGGAGCGCCACAGGCCGGACGGGCCGAGCCUCACAUCCAGGCCCAGAAUGAGGUCCUCCUUGUGGAGAAGAGUGCAGAGGAGCAGUUCUUCAAAGUGGUUCCCCCUGUUAUCCCCAAAGAAGUAGUACUCCAGGAGGUCCCUAAACUGCCGGUGUUGGCUGAGGCAGCAGUGGAGGCCCCUAAGGAGAGGGAGCUGGGGGCUAAGGUAUUACCGCUGGGUCAGAAGGUGACAGAGGGGGUGAAGGUAGAACCAGCCCAGCCCAAACACAAAAAGGAGCAGCCGCCACCUGCUAAAGCUGAGGACGGGGCAGUGGUAGUGGACAAGGAGAAAGAGAGGAUAGAGAAAGCGAGACUGGAGAAGGUGAGGAUUGAUAGAGAGGUGCAGGGGAGAGUGGAGAAGGAACGGUUGGAGAGGGAGAGGAGAGAAAAACUGUCGAGAGAGGAGGAGAGGCUGGAAAAGGAGCAAGUGGAGAGGAAGAGAGCAGAGAAGGAGAGGAAGGUCGAAGAGCAGAGGGAGAAAUUGGCACAGCUGGAGAGAGCCAUCAAGGCCCUUGAGGAACAGGCUCUGGCUGCAGCUGGGCCAGAACCUGUCGAACCAGGAGUAGGAGCACUAGGGGCUGUGAAGAAGAGUGGACGGGACCUGAAGGAGAGGGCAGCCGUCCAGUCAGACUCCAGGGACGUUGUGGAAGAGAAGGCCCACAAAGCCCAGGUCCAGGAGAAGGCCAGGGACCAGGAAGACAUGGACCUGAGAAGGAGAAGGAGAGCCAUGGGGGUAGGAGGUGUUGGGGAGGCUGGGGGUUCCAGGAGGGGUGUGCCGGGUCUGGAGCCCUUCUUGGACAUGGGGGGGUGGGAUCUCCAUGCAGUGGUACACACACGCCAGAUUAAACAGACCUCUGAGCUUGAGAGAGAUGAGUAA